ACUUAGUAAUGAUGAUGAUUUAUAUAAUCAUGGCCCUGUACAGGUGUACCAUAUUCUCAGAAAACUUUAUUACCAGCGGGUCCUUGCCCCAAGAUCCUAUUUAUUUGAACGAAAAUGCACCCUCACAUCUCACUCUUCCCACCUCAGCAUCUUCUUCCUCUCUAUGAGCACACAUCACGCCAUGGCUGCGCGCUCUAUCACUGGUGUACAUGCCACCAUUGGUACACGCUCUUUCUCUAUGCCUACAGGCGGUGCACCUAUGCAGGUUCCCAUGAGACAUGUCGAGUUCCUCGCCUCAUGUCACUAGGCAGCUGCAGCAUUCACUCCUCACAUGUGGCCUCCUUGAGUUUCAAACACAUCAUACGCGCCACCACCAUCGAGGUGCCUGAGGGGGAGGCUGCCACUGGCCAGCUGCUUGAGAAGUCGGUGAACAUGAUCUGCUUCCUUGCCAUCGAUGCUGUGGAGAAGGCCAACUCUGGCCCUGUGGGGAUGCCCAUGGGGUGCGCUCCUAUGGGCCACAUCCUCUACGAUGAAGUGAUGCGGUACAACCCCAAAAACCCCUGCUGGUUUAACCGUGACCGCUUCGUCCUCUCCUCUGGCCAUGGGUGCAUGCUUCAGUAUGCCCUGCUCCACCUGGCCGGCUACAACAGCGUCAAUGAACAGGACUUGAAACAUUUCAGUCAAUGGGGAAGCAGGACUCCAGGCCAUCCUGAAAACUUUGUGACUCCUGGAGUUGAAGUUACCACUGGACGUCUUGGUCAGGGUAUUGCCAAUGCAGUUGGGUUGGCACUCGCUGAGAAACACCUGGCUGCCCGCUUCAAUAAGCCUGACAUUGAAAUUGUCGACCACUACACAUAUGUUAUCCUGGGAGAUGGCUGUCAAAUGGAGGGUAUCUCCAAUGAAGUUUGCUCAUUGGCUGGACAUUGGGGUCUUGGCAAGCUGGUUGCUUUCUAUGAUGACAACCACAUAUCAGUUGAUGGAGAUAUAGAGAUCGCAUUCACAGAAGAUGUGAGUGCCCGCUUUGAGGCUCUCGGGUGGCACACACUCUGGAUUAAGAAUGGAAACACUGGCUAUGAUGACCUCCGUGAAGCCAUUAAGGAAGCAAAGGCUGUAACUGACAAGCCUACAUUAGUCAAAGUGACCACAACAAUCGGUUUUGGAUCUCCCAACAAGGCCAACUCAUACAGGGCACAUAAAAGUGCAUUGGGCACCAAAGAGGUUGAAGCAACCAGGCAGAACCUUGGAUGGCCCUAUGAACCGUUCUUUGUGCCUGAGGAUGUCAAGUGCCACUGGAGCCGCCACGUGCCUCGAGGUGCUGCGCUUGAGGUUGAUUGGGAUGCUAAGUUUGCGGAGUAUGAAAAGAAGUACCCAGAGGAUGCAGCAACCUUGAAGAGUAUCAUCUCAGGGGAGUUGCCUCCUGGCUGGGCUGAUGUCCUUCCUAAAUACACUCCAGAGGGCCCAGAAGCUGCCACCAGGAAUCUUUCUCAGCAGUGCUUGAAUGCACUUGCUGAAGUACUGCCUUGUUUUCUUGGAGGUUGUGCUGAUGUUGCAUCUUCUAGCAUGACAUUGAUUAAGACGUUUGGCAACUUCCAAAAGGAUACACCUGAGGAGCGCAACGUCUGCUUCGGAGUCAGGGAGCAUGGAAUGGGUGGCAUUUGCAAUGGCAUGGCUCUGCACAUCCCAGGCCUUAUUCCAUAUUGUGCUACUUAUUUUGUUUUUUCAGAUUACAUGAGAGCUGCCAUGAGGAUCUCAGCCUUGUCUGAAGCUGGAGUUAUCUAUAUUAUGACCCAUGACUCUAUUGGUGUGGGAGAAAAUGGCCCAACGCAUCAGCCCAUUGAGCACUUGAUGAACUUCCGAACAAUGCCCAACAUAUUGAUGCUCCAUCCUGCAGAUGGCAAUGCGACUGCUGGGGCUUACAAAGUCGCGGUCCUCAACAGGAAGAGGCCAUCUGUUCUUGCUCUCUCCAGGCAAAAGCUCCCUCACCUACCUGAUACCUCGGUUGAGGGUGUUGAGAAGGGUGGGUACAUCAUCUCCGACAACUCAACUGGGAACAAGCCGGACAUAAUUGUGUUGAGUACCGGUUCUGAACUGCAGAUUGCUGCCAAGGCUGCCGAUGAGUUGAGGAAGGAGGGGAAGAGUGUCCGUGUUGUGUCACUUGUUUCCUGGGAACUUUUUGAGGAACAAUCGGAUGAAUACAAGGAGAGUGUUCUCCCAGAGUCUGUAACCGCAGGAAUCAGCAUUGAAGCAGGGUGUACUCUUGGAUGGCAGAAGUACGUUGGGGCUAAGGGCAAGAUUAUUGGCAUCGACAGAUUCGGUGCAAGUGCUCCCAGUGGAAAGAUCUUCAAGGAGUAUGGCAUCACUGUGGAGAGCAUCAACACAGCUAGCAGGAGGUUAUAAGCUUACACUUUUUUUCCCUUUCGAGAUCAUCAAUGCCAACUGUAAAGAAGCACUAUAAUUGAGGUUUUAUGCAGAAAGUUUUAAUAAAGGAAAGAGAGGAUUGUUUUUUUGCUUGUUUGAGUAAGAGAGGUAUUCAAGGCCUAUAAUAAACUUUGCCUCUUCUGUUUUGGUCUGUUUUGUUCAGUCAUUCUUGGAUAAUUCCUGGAGUUUAGCAUGAAUAAAUUGGGUCCAUGUUCUGCUAAACACCUGCGAUUAUGCAAUGAUGUGCCAUAGUUUUUGUAUUUUUGCUGUUCUUUUUGUUUCUAUUUU